GUUCGAUUUGGCUACCCGGCUGGCGGGUGUCCUCCAGAAAUGGCCAACGCAUUAGGUUACACUCUGUGUUUAUUUCCCAUUGGAUUUAGCUUCAUAAGUGCAGCUACGUAUUUGUUUUUUAGAGAACUGAGGCGUUUGUUCCUCGCCUAUCGCGUCCCCCAACGUAGGCUAUUUGCCCUCCAGUACUGUUUGGGUCUCAUCGCAUCAUUGUAUUACGCCACUACUUUGUCGGAGGUAUCACAUGGAUGAAUAGGGGCACGGAAUGGCGGGUAGAGAUAAAGGAAAACCCCCAUCAUCUGACACUCCUUUCCUGAGCUUGCGGAUUGUCUCUUCUCCCAGUUUCAGGCUGACCCAUGACAUCAGUUUGGAUGAGUUUGAAGAUGAAGACCUGUCUGAGCUCACGGAGAUCACUGAUGACUGUGGGAUGAGCCUCAACUGCAACGGAGUGGACAUCAAGGGUCAGGUGACGCGGCGGGCCAAUCGCGGGCCGGGGAAGGCGGAGGGGCGGGCCCCCGGCAGGCUGCAGGCGGAGGCGCCUCACUCGGACCCGACCGACGCGGCGGGAGAGAGCCGCGACCGUCCAGCCGCGCCGCCCGCCAGGGAGCCCCCCGCCAAGGAGCCCGCUCCGGUCGCCAUGGAUACCUACCGGCCCAAGAGACCCACCACCCUCAACCUCUUCCCGCAGGUGCCUCGAACUCAGGACACGUUGAACAACAACUCCUUUGGUAAGAAGUACAGCUGGCAGGAGAAGGUCUCCUGUUCUUCCUCGCCUCUUAAAACAGGGGAGCUCACGCCAGCCCACGUGUGUCUGAGCGACGAGGACAAGGUCCAGCAUGGCGUGGGGGCCCAGACCAAAGACAGGGGCACCUCCAUGGACCCCUCGUGCCAGAAGGGCUCAAAGACGCGGGACGGGCCCGCUCAGGCCCGAGCCCCGCCCCCGCAGACUCAGGGCCCGCCCCCCUACACCCAAGCCCCGCCCCCGGGGGAGGGGCACCGCGAGCGCAUCCGCUACCACCCCGCGGACGUGCGGCUGGAGCCCACCGAGGAGAUCUACCUGACGCCCGUGCGGCGGGACCCCCCCCUGGCCUCGCGGACCGGGGACGGGGGCCGCGCGUCCGUCGGCUCGGACCCCGAGGGGCUCCCUCCUUACCGGCCCCUCCCCGACCGGACACGCCGCUCCAUCGGCGAGGAGGGCGAGGCGUACGCCCCCGCCCCUGACCCCGACCCGGACGCAGCGCACGACGGGGGCCCCCUGGGGGCCCCGCGGACUUCGGCGGGCUCGGAGGCCAGCGGCCUCUCCUACGACUCGGUCAAGUACACCCUGGUGGUGGACGAGCACGCCCAGCUGGAGCUGGUCAGCCUGCGGCAGUGCUACCGAGGCUACAGCGACGACAGCGACUCGGCCACCGUCUACGACAACUGCGUCUCCUCCCCCUACGAGUCGGCUGUGGACGAGGAGGAGGAGGAGGAGCGGGAGGAGGAAGGGGGGAGCCGGAGGAAGGCGAGGCGGGUUCCCGCCCACCCGUCGGAGGACUCCAGCCCCGAGGCCGACCUGCCGUUUUCGCGAAGGUUCCUCAACAUCUUCAUGAACGCUCGCUCGCGUUCUUCCAGUGCGGAGUCCUUCGGCCUGUUCUCCUGCGUUAUAAACGGAGAGGAGGUGGAACAGAGCCACCGAGCUGUGUUCAGGUUCGUCCCGCGGCACGCCGACGAGCUGGCGCUGGAGACGGACGACCCGCUGCUGGUGGAGGCGCAGGCCGAGGACUUCUGGUGCGAGGGCUACAACAUGCGCACCGGCGGCCACGGCGUCUUCCCCGCCUACUACGCCCUGGAGGUCGUCAAGGAGCCCGACCUCUUCAAAGAAAAGAGCACCAAGUGGGUAGAAAAGUUUCGGGUGAAAUUCCUGGGCUCUGUUCAAGUGCCGUAUCACAAAGGGAAUGACGUUCUCUGCGCAGCUAUGCAAAAGAUCGCCACCAACAGAAGGAUGACCGUGCAGUUCAACCCCCCGGCCUCCUGCAUACUCGAAAUCAGCAUCAAAGGCGUGAAAAUAGCAGUCCAGGACGAGUACAGCUCUUUUGACAGAGGAAAUAAAUGCAGUCAUUUCUUCCAGCUGAAGAAUAUCUCCUUCUGUGGUUAUCAUCCAAAGAACAACAAGUACUUUGGGUUCAUCACGAAGCACCCUGCUGACCAGAGGUUUGCUUGCCAUGUCUUUGUUGCUGAGGACUCCACCAAACCUCUGGCAGAGUCUGUAGGGAGAGCCUUCAAACUUUUCUACAAGGAAUUUGUGGACUACACGUGCCCCACAGAAGACAUCUACCUUGAGUAGCCCGUCUCGCCCUGCUCAGUGUCCUUGUACAGUGUUGUGUUUUACUCCAUGUUGCAUGAUGGUGGGGGAAAAAAGAAGAAAACCAAUCCGUUGGAGAAAGAGAGAAAAAGGUCUGCUUCGGGCUGCAAAAUUUUCUUGGAAAAAAAUAAAAUAAAAUAUAUAAUCAGGCAAAAAAAACAUGUACAGGGGUUUUGAUAGUGUAUUCAUUUAUCAAGGUGUGCUUCCAAUUAUCCAAUCUCUCACCUAAAAGCACAAUUUUAAGUGCAAUUUUUAGUGUUGUGUACACUUCACAAGUCAACAUGGAAGACGCUUAAGACAUAUAUAUUUUUGUGAUGUCGUAUUUAAGAGAAAUACACUAUCAAUUCCAUGGUGCUCUGUUGUAAAAAAAUUAAAUAAAUAAAAGUAAUUAUAUAGCUAAAUAUGGAGGCCACACAUUUUUAAUACAAUGUAGGUCAAAUAUUUAUGGCAAAACGGCGAUGUGAGAUUAUCAGGUUACAACAGAGAGGGAAACUGUGUUUGCACAGGGACAUAGACCAAAAUGUGUGUUUGAUUUGUUUCCCCACCCCAACAUUCAAAUUAUUAUUAUUAUUAUUAUUAUUAUUAUUAUUAUUAUUAUUAUUAUUAUUAUUUUAAUUUUAUUUAAAGAAACUGCAAACAGUUUUUGUCAAGAACAGUUGAGGAAGGUCCAAAAAACAUUAUCCUUUGCAAAAACGUUAUCUGGGGGAAAUGAUGUUUGUAUGAAAAAGUUUGGGGAUAAAAUCGAUCCUUUAAAGAGCACACACUGUCAACGUCUGGACAGAUUUGAAAAUUAAUCUAUAAGCGACUCACACGUGUUUUACACUGUGUGGCAGUCCCGGCGAACACAUUCCAGGACCAGUGGGUGUAUACGCGACAUCAUUAAAGCAGGCAAUGUCAGUUAACUUCCGCCAUCCUCGAACCAUAAUGAAAAUCAUAGAUACAUACAGCUAGAUUCAUAUUCAUUCUAUUUGCAGAUCCGUACGCCUGAACUAACUCUGUAUUAUUGACAGUGGGGGAGUGCGGGAAUGGGGAUAGUUAUAUAUUGUAAACCAUGUGAAGCUUUUUCUUCAUUGACGAUUAUUUUUUCUUACACUGGAGUCGUUAUAAUUUAUUUUUUUGCUGCUUCAUAAAUGUACCGUAGCAUGCCCCGCGUUGCAUAUUUGCACUGUGGGUGAGCGGAGAGGAAAAGCAGGCGACUGAGUUGCGAACGUUAUUUUCGUCCCAUAUCGAUAGACAGACGCGGAACUCUUCAACUUAAUCCGACGAGUUUCAUUUUCUCUCCCCCGAUAUCGUAGUGAUCUUGAGAACGCAAAUUAUUCAGGAAUCUGUCGUGUGCUCAAGAUUAUUAUCACAUUGCAGGGAACAGAAGGGCUAGCAUUGUCAGCAAAUGCACGAUCACCCAGCUGAAACAAAUCUGUAACCACUUACCCUUUACUUGUUCUGAAGGGACAUUUUCCACAGCGCGGCUAUUUCAUCAGAUCAAAAUAUGCGUUUUAAUAAAAGCGCAGAAACACAUUAAUGAAAUGAAGCGAGCCUAUAGAGUGUAAUGUUGCUUUGAAAAUCCUAUACACAGAACAGACAGAGGGUGAUGGUUUCUUUAGGAAGCACACAGUGAAUUGGACUCUUGGUGUCUUUCAGAUCAUCCGAUCAAAAGUAGUGCCUAUUUUGAUGGUCAUUCCGAUUUAUUUUUGUUUUAGUCAUUGUUUAGAGUUGUGGAUCUGUCAGAGUUGCUGUUUGUGAAUGCAAUAUCUUUAUCAAGUGUGCCUGUGAGCCAGAUCUGUGCUACAUUACUACCUACUGUUAUUCUGUACUCAUUGAAGCACUUUGUAAAUGGGCUAAAUUUGCCCAAAAAAA